AUGAUCCGUCAAAUCACCGCCUUGGCCGUCUUCUUCUGUAUUGCUUCCGCUGCUCCUUUCACCAGCCUGGAGGAUAUUCCUGCUGAGUACAGAGAGCUUAUCCCCAAGGAGGCCAAGGAUUUCCUCAGCGGCCUCACCGAUUCCGACAAGGCUGUCCUUAAGGAAAUCGCCAAGGACUAUUCCAAGUACAAGAACGAAGAUGAGGCCCUCGCCGCCCUGAAGGAAAAAUCACCCGAACUUGGUGCUAAAGCCGAAAAACUCCACGAAAUGGUCAAGGGAAAGAUCGACGCGCUCAAUGACGAAGCCAAGGCUUUCGCCAAGGAGAUCAUCGCUGGCGCUCGCAAGAUCCAAGCUGCCGUUGUUGCUGGUAACAAGCCCAAUCUCGCUGAACUGAAGGAGAAAGCCCAGAAGGCCAUUGACAAGUACAAGGCUCUGUCUGACGCCGCCAAGGAAGAUCUCCAGAAGCACUUCCCUAUCCUGACCUCCGUCUUCAAGAACGAGAAGUUCCAGAAGAUGGCCGAGACGUUGUUGGCCAAGAACUAG